GCCUGUGCAAAGUAAUGUCACUUUUCCAAGAAUCUGGGAAUGGCUUGCUCUGAGAAAGUGCUUAUAAUUUGUGGGGAUUUAAAAAAGAGCACUGGGUGGAUUUUUAUCCUUUAUAUGGUGGGUGUGUAUACACACUGCUAAGACACAUUUAAGUUCAAACACCAUGUAAAAGUGAAUUAUGCAUCCAAUGUCCCCUUUAACAAAUAUAACCCUAUUUCUAAAGUGUUAUCAUUGUAAUAUUUCUGAAGUGAAAAAAUAUAAACAUUUGGAUAAACUGUUUUAAUUAGCUAUAUUGACAUGGAUAUAUAUUUUUUUCAAUAUCUGAAGUCUUUUGUGCACAAAGUAUACCUGAGCUACACUGACUAAUGUAUUUGCAUGUGUUCUAAGCUGCUAACAUUGGGGAAGACAUUUUACCAACUCUCUCACGAGAGGAUAUCCGAGGAUAUCCGAGAUCUCUUUCCUGGUCCUGAGCACUUCCUGCGGCGCAAAGCCAUUUGGCUUUUGACUCAUAAGGAAGAACAGGGGCACACCAUUCCUGUUGAAGUCCAAGGUUCAUCAGCAGAUGAUGAACAUACUGAAAGUUCAAAACAAGAUGACCCCAGCACUUCAAAGUUUUUAAAGUUACCCAGCCCAGAAUAUGUUCUCUUCACUGACAGUGAACUACAACACGUGAGACGGACAUGCUUUGAGCAGCAGCGUCUUGGAAAAGAGGGUGACGUCACCUUAUCGAAGGAGCUGUUCUGCCGGCUCAUCCGAAAUACCAUGACAAACAUGAUAUCAAUUGCAAGAGCGUCUUCAGAUGACUACAAAUAUCCCACUAAACAAGUUAUUGCCAUGGCAAAACGGUUAGUGGAAUACUACCCUAUGAUGAAAGAUAAGUCAACUGGAUCUAGGCAUGAGUGGGACACUGUUGCCAAAAAGCUCUUGAAGCGACUUUCAAAUAUCCAAAGUCCCAUGAAGGCCAAACAGCCUCCUUCCAAAACAGCAGGUCAGGACAGAUAA